AUGAUAAAUAGAAACAAAUUUCAUCCAGUCAAGUCGCUAUCAAAUCACUACAUGGAUUGUGUAUCGACAUCGGAUAUGGUUCUCCUUCAUGGGAACUCACAUCCAGAAUUGGCUAAUUUAAUUGCCAGCCGAUUGAACAUCAAAAGUGGUGGAUGUUCAGUAUUCCAUAAGUCAAAUCGAGAGACAAUGGUCGAUAUUGGUGAUUCAGUAAGAGGAAAGGAUUGCUACAUCAUUCAGACAGGAACAAAGGACUGCAACAACAAUGUUAUGGAAUUGCUGAUCAUGGCAUAUGCAUGUAAAACAUCCAGCGCUAAAUCGAUUGUUGCUGUUUUACCUUAUCUUCCAUACUCAAAACAGUGCAAGAUGCGCAAACGAGGAUCUAUUGUCACAAAAUUGAUUGCUAAAAUGAUGUGCAAUGCUGGAUUGACUCAUGUGAUUACAAUGGAUUUACAUCAAAAGGAAAUUCAAGGUUUCUUCGAUUGCCCCGUCGAUAACUUGCGUGCAUCUCCAUUUUUGCUACAAUACAUUCAAGAAUCAAUUCCUGACUAUAGAAAUGCCGUGAUUGUUGCACGCAAUCCUGGAUCAGCUAAAAAGGCAACAUCUUAUGCUGAACGUUUAAGAUUGGGCAUUGCUGUUAUUCAUGGUGAACAGAAAGACGCUGAAACUGAUGAAAUUGAUGGACGUAACUCUCCUCCAAAUGUUCCAAAAAAUAGAAUGAGUGAUAUAUCGUCUGGAUUCCCUAGCAUGGUCGCUAAGGAAAAGCCGCCAAUAAAUGUUGUCGGUGACGUUGGAGGACGUAUUGCUGUAAUUGUAGACGAUUUAAUCGAUGAAGUACAAUCAUUCGUAUCAGCAGCUGAAGUUUUAAAGGAAAGAGGUGCUUACAAAAUCUACGUCUUAGCAACACACGGUCUAUUGAGUUCUGAUGCUCCUCGUCUUAUUGAAGAUUCGCCAAUUGACGAAGUUGUCGUCACUAAUACGAUUCCACAUGAAAUUCAAAAAAUGCAGUGCCACAAAAUUAAAACUGUUGAUAUUUCAAUUUUAUUAUCGGAAGCUAUACGUAGAAUCCACAAUAAGGAAUCAAUGAGCCAUUUGUUCAGGAAUGUGACACUUGAGGAUUAA